AGCACUUGGGAACAACUGCGCUUAAAUCAGAAGAACUUCUACUCAGUGCCGGCAACAAAAACAACCACCGAUGCUCUUGUUGCCUUUCAAAUUGCUACAAAUAGACUAUCAGCACAAAAUUGUGCGAACGAGUCGUCACGGACUUUUCUGCAGGCUUCAGAAUGACGAGCAGGAAACCCUCCAUUACAUUAUGUCUGAUGCAAUGUCUCUUGAUAAGCAGCGCACAUUCAACAGUAGGAUUCAAGAUGGGCAAUUGCCCACAGCUCCAUCACUGCAGCUUUGGUUUUGGCUGUUGGGAUUGCUCGUCGUCGUCAAAGCGCAUGUCAGACACGAAUCAUUAUCGCAGAUGGCAUGAGAAUAAACAGCAACAGCAACGUGUUCCAUCAGCUUGUUACGGCUGGUUUGAAAACUUGUUUGAACCAAGCAAGUCAUCAGAAUCGUCAGAGAGCGCCCGGCAAUUGCAGUAUCCUGAACAGUAUCCGGCAACGUACGAGCUCAAUAUUUUAUAUGUCGAGGAAGAUGCUAAUAUUCCGGAAGCAAAACUGGUUCGACCCCUGCUAAAAAACACCCAGCUGCAAUCUAGAGCUUUACAGCUGGUCUACGAUGCCAACCGAGAUGGCUGGAAUCCUACCGCCUUCCAUAGCGCAGUGGAUGGAAAGGGGGCGUCGGUGAUAAUUACCACCGAUGAGAAUGGUAGAGUAUGCGGGGGUUACAAUCCAAAGGGUCAGUCCUCGCUGGGAGGAGCAAGACCCUCCGUGGCUGCCUUUUUGUUUUACGAACGACGAAGCAAGAAAAACGAAGAGGAACCAACAAGAUUCCAAAAACUCCGAAAGGUUGGAGGUGGUGGAUUGGCCUGCGCCCGCGAUGAUCCAGACUUUGGCAUAAGCUUUGGUCCAGAUUCCUUGGUGAUUGGCUUGCAGGCCGGACGGGAAAUGGUUGCGCAAUCGAAGCUGGGAUCCUAUUACGAGCGUGGUCCUGAAGAUCUCCCCAGUUUGUUCUGGCAAACCGGCGGUGCUACCGAGCUCAUAGAUCUCAAAGUACUGGUUGGUUGUUACGACGACGACGAGGACAUUCCAUAUUCCGGCGGCGUGCUGGACAUGACAUCUGGAUAGUUUGUCAAUCGAACGGCAGCAUUGACUGCUUAGACGUCGUCAACAUGUUUUAAAAAAGAGAUCUGAUGAAAGUUGCGAUGCCUUUCAGUGGUAAUCACCGAAGCAGAAAAGAUGAAUUCCUUGCACUCAUUGAGAAUACUGGAACGAACGUUCUGCGCAGCAUGCUGAGUUAUUUUCUUGCGCGUUUUAGAAGAAGAGUAUCGCUUCACCGUUAGACUUCUACAAAUCCCUCAUUGCUAUAAGAAGAAGCCGCGCAUUGCUUGGCAAUGAUUGCAAUACGAUGUAUUGUUCCCUACGCUCCUGCUUCGGGAUCUUUCAAGUAACUUUCAAGCAUUAUCGGGGGUAGGUUCAUGCAAUUUCCUUCCUAAUGACAGUUGUACCAUGAGUCUGAAAUAAAGAAAAAUCUGACUCGCUAUUUAUCAUGCUAGACGAACAAUGGACGCCGUUGCACCAAAACCCUGUAAAAUAAAUUAAAGAUCAUUACUCACUCGAUUGUUUAUGAACUGCUGCACUCCAUAGCUUUAACUUGACUCGAACCAACCGUAAUGUUCAGAUCUCCUUAGAAGUUAUUUGUGCCUUUUGCAUUACUUCUUCGUAAGUGAGCUUCCCCUUUUUGCUUUUUUCGUGAGCAUUCCUGACGACAAUAACAUAUUUUUCGCGCUGGCCGUGGAUGAUGAUAUUGACGAGGGUCCUCCUCGGCUCGUGGACAAGCCCAUGCACUUAUCGAGGUGACUCGCAAACCGAGACGUGCUAACAAGUCGACCACAUAGCUGGCAUAGGCAGAGACGAUUUUUGGGUUCCUUUGACGGAGUUUUCCCCCAUAUAUCUGUUUUUGGAUGGUGGCUGUUGAUAUUGCUAAUGCUGUUAGAACUGCUGCUUGGUAGAUCGGUAGUUAUUGCUGGUUCUGCUAUAGAGUCUGUAGAAGGUGUAGCCGAAGAGGACGACAGCGUUCGCUUCUUUUUCUGCGCCCCACCUAGAUCAUCGUCAUCAUCGUCGUCCCCCUCUGCAUCAUCCAUUUUGAAGUCUUCGUCGUCGUCGUCGUCGUCGUCACCAUUCGUAACAUCAUCCUCGAUGUCUUCACUAUCGUCCUUGUAGUUGCUUUCCUUUCCCUUCUUAAUUUUGGACAACAAACGGCGCUCUUCCUCCUCCUCUGCCAUAUCCCGUGGCGUGCGCCUCUUUCUACUCACUGUCGGUGAUACAUUCGAAUAUGACGAUGAAGUUGGAAGAUCCACAGCAUAUUUGUCGAGGAGGCCUUGUAUUUCUUCGUCCGUCAUCCUUAUUCUAUUUAGGGUUUUAGGGUCCAUAUUCUCACCCGCUUCAUCACCUCCUUCCCUGGUAUCUUCUUCAUUUUUGUUGCCUUCGCUCGCAGCGUUAAAAUCGCUUCCAUUGUAGAGUUCUGGAUACAAUUCCCUUCGUGUUGGUAUUUUUGUUCCCAUGAACAAUUUCCACGACGACGGAACUACAUCGCCCGCUCCAGUUUUGAUCAACUCGUGCAUGUUCGACGCUACGUCUUGACACAUCGA